GAGGAGCCAGGUGCGCCUGCGCGGCUCCGCUCCCUUCCCACCCCUUUCCCCCGCGUCUUCUUUCUCUCACGGCCCCCUUUUGAUCCCCCCUCCUCCUCACCCCUCCCCCCGCCGUCUGCCUCUGGCCUAUAAAAGCCGCGGCCGGCCGGGCUUUCCUUUCAGAGUCCGCUGCAGAGGCGAGCGCGGCUGGACUCGGCUGAGAAAAGAAAGCGACGCGCGUGAGGGAGGGAGGGAGAAGCAGGCGGGCGGACUACGACGGUGGCGAGGGCGGCCGCCGGGCCUUGAACAGUGUCGUCGUCGUCCUCCCCUCGAGCGCCGCUCGGCCUCUUCCGCCGCCGCCCCGAGUUCCUGCGGCUCCCCCGGGAGGUGCCGCCUGACGGGCCCUUCCUCUCCUCUGCCGCCGCGCCCCUCCCCGGCGGCGCCAUGAGUUCGGGGACGCCGUACCUGGGCAGCAAGAUCAGCCUCAUCUCCAAGGCGCAGAUCCGCUACGAGGGCAUCCUCUACACCAUCGACACCGACAACUCCACCGUCGCCCUCGCCAAGGUGCGCUCCUUUGGAACUGAAGAUCGUCCCACAGAUCGUCCUGCUCCCCCAAGGGAGGAAGUUUAUGAAUACAUCAUCUUCCGUGGCAGUGACAUCAAGGAUAUCACUGUAUGUGAGCCUCCGAAAGCGCAGCAUAACCUUCCUCAGGAUCCUGCUAUUGUCCAAUCUUCCCUGAGCUCUGCCUCGGCCUCCUCCUUCCAGCCGCACGUGCCUUACAGUCCCUUCAGAGGCAUGCCUCCGUACAGCCAGCUGGCCGCCAGCUCUUUAAUUAGCCAGCAGUACGCAGCUUCCCUGGGUCUAGGCGCUGCUUUUGCAUCUGUUCAUUCAGUGCGUAAAAGUCCAAUGGUGGAACAAGCGGUUCAGACGGGUCCCAUUGACAACUUGAAUCCCAAAAAGGCUCUUCCAAUCAAAGUCACCCCUGCCAUCCAGCGCAACGCACGGCCAAUUCCACAAAGCAGCAAGACAACUGAUACAGUUGAUCCAGCACCUGUCCAAACGCAAGUGCAGGUGAAUGAUGAGAAUAGAAGGCCCCAGAGGAGGAGAUCAGGAAACAGGCGAACCAGGAAUCGUUCCAGGGGGCAAAACCGGCCAGCUACUGCAAAAGAGAAUACAAUCAAGUUUGAAGGUGACUUUGACUUUGAAAGUGCAAAUGCACAGUUCAACCGAGAGGAGCUGGAUAAGGAAUUCAAGAAGAAACUUAACUUCAAAGAUGACAAAGUUGAGACGGGAGAAGAGAAGGGGGAACCCACUGUGGCUGCUGAGAACUGCGAUGGCAACGCAGACGAAGACCUCCUCGGACCCAACUGCUAUUACGACAAAUCAAAGUCGUUCUUCGACAACAUUUCAUCUGAACUGAAAUCCAGUUCCAGGCGUACAACAUGGGCUGAAGAGCGGAAGCUGAACACAGAGACGUUUGGCGUGUCUGGCCGGUUUCUUCGUGGCCGUAGCUUCCGAGGGGGGUUUCGUGGUGGAAGGGGAUCUGGUGCUGUGCGGCGGACUCAAGCAACGUCCAGAGUGGGGACAGGAAGGGUGUGAACCUUUCAGGCAAGGAAUCAAACCAUGAAAGACUCCG